GGCGCAGACAGCGUGCAGAUUUAUAAUGGGCCAGAAACUUGAACCUUUAUAAACCUUGCGUCCACCUAAUUUGUCCCCACCUAUUCCAUCUUCGUACCUGUCCAUUUUUUCUUACCUCUCCCAUUGUAGAGGCUCUGGAGUCAUCAUGCACGCCCAUUUAUCUAUCUUUCUCCUUGUGCCUUUCUUUGCUUCAUUCGCAGUCGCUGGUCCGACUUUCAGACCUGGGAACACCACAAACCACUUACCCGUAGUCAAAGAUAAACCAUGCGCCAACAACAUUACCACAAAAACCACCACUACAGCUUCUACCAUGUGCAACACCGGCACUCUCCAAUGCUGUAGCAGUACUCAGAGUUUAAGCGACUCGAUGAGCUUAUUGAGUGGUCUUCUUCCACUCGGCGCGGUUAUCGAAGGCUUGGUCGGUAUGGGAUGCUCGCCCAUACUUCCUAUGGGCGUUGGUUCAGGCACUAGCUGUAACCAAGAACCUGUCUGUUGCAGCGGUGAUACAUUCGGCGGUCCCUCUGGUAUACUUAACCUCGGCUGUUCUCCUAUCAACGCAUUAAAACUAUAGUGACUCCAUUCACCAUGACAAGCGAGAGAGUGAGUCGUAAACGAAGAGUGUAGGUUAGCGAAGAGGACGAAGGACACUUUCAUUUUAUUUUUUCUCUCUUCAAACUAUGCGCAUACAGGCGAGUACAACAUUGUAAUGCUUUCGAAUUUCGAUAUGUUCCAUAAUCCAGAUGAUACAAUUAUUUUUUCAUGUGACGGCCAGACUGCGCCUUCUGUAGUGCAGGGAUUUUUUGGAGCACCAUAACUUCAACAGUACCAUACUAUGAUUUGCCGAGUCGAACCAGCCAGUAUGAUAAUGAGAGCCGCAUCGGCUGGCUAGCAAAGGGU